AUGUAGGAUGACUUAAAUUCCAGCCUUGACUCUUUAGAAUUAGAAUUAUAUCAUAGACCCAAUCCUAAAAUCAAAGCUAUUCUAAACUUUCUAAGAUCAAGAAAUCUAAAAUUCUGUACAGACCCUCGUAACAAAGAAGAAGAUUAUUACUCUAAAAUUGUUAAUAGAGAAGAUAAUAAAGAUCUUGGAUUGGUGAGAAAUAAGUUUUUAAUGAGAAAUACUAAACAUUUUACAACCCAAUCAAAUUAAUGA